CUGGGGGAAUAUUUUGUGGACAAAUCAGUGCACGACCUUUCUGUCAAUGAUUAACCAAUGAAAUGUCUGUGACUUCUGUUUUUUCAAGCUAAAGGAAGUUUUUAAUAAGAGCCAAUUCCUUUUGUGAGUGGAAGAAUAUAUUGGACGUAGAAUCAUCAAAACCAGGUACACAACUGUUUUACACUGAAUAGAAUAUAAUAGCCUAAACGCGAAAGGUUGUGUUUGUUUCACCGAUGAAAAGAUUCCCUAAGCUUUCGAACAAGUUAUCAAGGUAAGAAAUGGUAAUUUCUCGGUUCCCACAAGGAACACAGACUUCUCGGUAGUUUAUGCAGCUUUCCCUUAUAUUAAAUCAUGGGAUUUUUUCUACUGGAUUUAUUACCAAUUACCUAUCAAACAGUUCUGGUUACGUUUUGUAACAUAAAAGUUGCCAUGUUGUGUUGUGAAUGUGGCGGCAAAUUCGAAUUCUUCAGAUACCUACCUCUGUAUUACAGGUAACUAAACCCCAUUUAAGCCUACGGUAAGUUACAGAAUACGAAAGAUACUUCGCGAGAUGUGAUCUGACUUUAACAGCUAGUCGGCCCUAACUAGUGUUUCUAUUACAGAUAUUAAUUUUUUUAAAUAUUUCAAGUUUAUCUUGAAAAAUGGAGCCUGCGGCACCGGGCACAGAAGAUGAAGUGGUCAAUUUUAAGUCCCUGAAUAAAAAGGAGACUGAGAACGACCGACUGUUGAAAAUAAAAGCAGUUCUCAAAAAUGGACAGCUCGAUAAUGUUUUUGAGCUUACCUAUGUCAAUGGAGGUGAACAUUGGUUCUGUAGGAUAUGCGAAUGUCCUAUUAUGGGUAGAGUAUACCAACAUGAAUUGGGACGAAGACAUUCCAUAAACAUGACUGCAGCACUAAACCGUCCUGGAAAUAGAGAUUUUAAAGAAGUUAUUCCAAUGGAAAGCGAAGAAACUCCACAGCUAGAACUUGCUGUAGGUGAGCCGUUGCCUCCUGGAUUUGAAGGCGAAGUUACGCGCAAAGCACAAAUUCAGGAUCGUCUCGAUGGUUUCAAAGUUGGACCUUUAGUUGCUCUGGAAUAUCUCAUUGAGAUGUCCGACUAUGAUAUCUCCAAAGAGCCGAGCUAUUUAUGCAUUUUGUGUGAUAAAAAAGGCGACCCAAGAACGGUAUUAACACAUCUGGCUAGUUACAAUCAUAUUUCGCAGUAUUUGCAGAAACAUUUUCCAAGUUGCUAUCGAAGUCUUGCUCCUUACAUGACGAAACAGUAUAAAAGAAACUGGCAAAUUGUAUUGCAAAAAAUAGCCGAAGCUAUUGAAAAGACCUUCGGUCGUUUAAAACCCUUUUGCAUUGAUCAGGAUAAGUUUAAAAAUGAACGCAUGUUUUAUUUGUCCAAGAUAUCGAAAGGGCCUCAUUUCUAUGAGCAACCUGGUAAAACAUUUGUUGAACUAGUUGUGCACGAGCACUUAACCAAGACAUUUGAAGAAGAGGCGCGCGCAGUGAAAGCGAAUGCGACAAGUUUUGGGGAAAAAACCUUCACUGAGCCUGUUAAGCAAACAAUCAAGCGUAGUCCAUCACCUCCUGUUGUUGCAAAUCCGGUCAAAAAAAUGCGCACACCUUUGGUCCAAUCAAAGAAGCCUACUGGUGUAUCUCGUCGUCGAAGUCUGUCUAGCGUAUCAAGCAUAUCCAGUGAUGAAGAUAAAACAAAAGCGAACGUCAAACAUUUGGCUCGAAACCGUUCACCUCCUAGAGAUACCAAACGAUCUUUCGAUUCAAGAAUAAAAGAGAGGUCGUUUCGGCGUCGUUCGCCAUCUCCAAGGCGGCGAUCAUCAUCUCCAAGACGUCGUUCGGCUUCCAGGCGUGUCUCGCUUUCUCCAAGGCAUAAAAGGGCAGAUGAUGAUGAACGCAGAAAGAAUCGAGAGAAAGAAAAACUGCAGAAAGUCGAAGAAUUUCAUAAACUCUCCAAGGCAAUAGAAAAUGACAUUUCCAAAACUCUCAAACAGCACGAAAAGAACCCAGAAAAACACCCGAAAUAUAAUGACGAAUGGAAAUUGUUUUGGAAUAAGAGAUACAAAGAACUUCAAGCUGAAGGCAAAGAUGCUUCCAAGUACGAUUUCAAGCCAGAAUGGAUUGUGUUUUGGGGAAAACGAAUGAAAGAACUUUCCAAUGAGGAAUUAAAAAGACGGAAAGACGGUUUGAGAAAACGCCUAGGACUCCCAGAAGAAGUUCAGCCUAUUAGCUUUCGCAUUGGCGCCGCCACCGUUGUUUCAAAAGGGUCCUCGCUUAAAGAAACUCGAGCACCGAAUGCUCCAAUGACUGCGCUGCCUGAUAUUGAUCCUGAUGUGAUUGUACUGGACGACAUCAAAGAUUCUCCGAAGAAAUCAAACAAAGAUAGAUCCCAUAGUCCUUGGGAAAGCGAUUCAUCGGUCUCAAGAGCACCAUCCCCCAAAGGAAGACGAUUAUCGCGAUCACCGGCUGAUAGAAGAAGACGUAGUAUGCGCUCCAGAUCAAAUGACAGAAGAAGCAUGGAAAAAAGGCGUUCUUCGGAGAGAAGUCGCAGAUCACCAGGUCGAACAAAACGAACAUUCGACCGAAGGUCCCCUGAACGAAAUAAGCGAUCAGACCGACGAUCGCCUGAUAGGGGUAGGCGAUCAACAGAACGACGCUCAUCUGAUAAAAAUAGAAGAUCUUUAGACAGACGUUCAAGGGAUAGGAGAUCGAGGUCGCGAGACUCUUAUAAAGCGCCCAAAAGCUUUGUAAGAGACAGGGAUUUAGACAAACAUUUAACUGAGAUAAGCCGGGAGCGGGCAACUCGAGAGAGUUCCUUUGAACGUGAUAUGAGGGCCAAAGAACGCAUUAGAACAGUCGCCGAACUUCCCUGGGAAAGAGAAAAAAUGAUGUAUGCUACACCCCGCAUGCCUAUGGAUGAGUUUUACUCUUCAUCCAUGAUGCGGGAUUCGAGAUCUGCCACUUUCAUGCUUGCAGAUGCGGAUAAUGAACCCGAUGACGGCGAGCAGGUCAACAUUGUAUCAGUGUUGAGGUUGCUGACUGCUUUAGAAGAGAGAUUAGGAGCUCUGGGUCCCAAAAUCAUUGACUUACUCGCGCAGGCAUUAGCUUUGGAAAAGAAGGAAGCAAACAGUAGUGAAACACUGCUGGAUAAUGAAAUUAAUUGUGUGAUGUUCGAAACGGUGAAAGAAAAGCUGAAAGGUCAGCUACUAGCGGGAUUGGUAGAUCCAGUGCAAGAGCGCGCAUUUAAAAAGGCUAUUCGAAAAACCGCAAAUUUAAUUCAUUUAGGCAGCCAGCGUAAGAAAACUCAAGCAGCGCCUGUUCCAGGAGCAGUUGCUGUACCGGGAGUGGGCUCGGUAGAUAAAGCUGCUAUAGCGAAACAGUUAGCGAAUGCUCUAAUAGCUCAAGGCAAAACUGACGUAACUCAGGCAGAAUUAGAACAACUAAUUAAUGCUGUGGUUGGAAUGGCAGAAGCGUCUAAAGCCUCAAAUAAACCAAUCACGGCUGCAAAUUUUCUGUCGCAACUGGCAGGCUCAAGUUCUGAAUCAAAAAGUGAAAAAAUUAAUCGUCCGACUAGUGAUGCCAAAUCUAAGAACUACGAUCCAUUUUCCUUAGAUGGCUUGACAGAACCUUUGUCGCCCAGUACGCCUGAAAAAUCAACGACAAGCACUAUGGAAAAUCUGUCUGACUCGGACCUGCAAACAUUGCUGCAAAAUUUCAAGGAUUUAUCGACUGAAGAGCAAAUGAACUUAAUCAAUUAUUUAAAGAAGUUGGAAUUGAAUGAACCAGAGAGGGUUGAAAGGUUAAGAAAGUUUGUGACUCUAGCCGACAAAUCAUCUAACCCAUCUGAAGUGGUGGAUUUGGACACUGAACCCAGCCCAAAAAGAAAAUCAAGCCCAUUUUGUAAUCGCAUGGGAGACAUCAAUACCAAUGUGAAAGCUAAAAAUGACGAUAAAUCCAUAAAUAUUCAUCUGGACUCGGAAGAUGAAGAUUAUAGUUAUGAAGAUGUAGUUAAGGCUGCGUCUAAAAAUAUUAAGCAGAAAGAAAUGGAGGACAAUCGAAAAAUUGUCGAAGACUCCAUAGUAUUUAGUAGCGCACAAAAAGAAUCUAAUUUGGCUGAUGCUAAGGCAUUAAUUUCAAAUCUGAUGAGCACUCUAAGUGGAGUGACGGCUGCUGGUAAUAUGUUAGGCAUGUCAUCUGGUAAUAAUACAGCGUCUGCAAAAAGCACUACUAUUUCCACAUCCUCUGCGGAAUUUUCAAAGACAUUGAGUAGCAUCAAUAUGGAUAGUUUAGCGAACAUCGUCAGCAAUGUGCAGAGAGCAACGCAGGAUCGCAAUCGUACUACAUUUUCAGUUGAAAAGGAUGGCAAUUCCUCUGGGCAAGAUCGAAAUAGAUUUAAUCGGCCCGGAUAUAACUAUCUACCGCCCAAUAAUAUGCCCAUCAAUAGGCCCAGUUCACAAAUGAAUGACGUUCAAUCUCUGGGAUUUGAUCUAUCUCGAAGUCUACAAGCCCCAGGAACGGGAGUUCCAGCUCGGCUGCCGGGUGUUAGACCGAUGAAUACAUUCGGACCGGGAUCCGCACCAGUUGGAUCUCCCUCGGCAAUGCACAUGAACAUGAGACCGAGAGGUGGACCGGGCUUUGCUCAAUUUCAAAGAGGACCUCCGCCAAAUCAGUUUGGAAACACCAAUUAUAUGAACCAGCAGCGGCCACGUCAACCUUUUAACUCUAAUUUCAACAGUCAAAGACCAGGCGCCCCUAGAGGUUCCAAUUUCAACAAUUGGUAAUAUAUUGCAGAAUGAUGUUUAAUGCAUAUAUUUAAUGAAUUGCCAUUAAAUUAUAGUAAAAAAAUACAGCUUUAAAUCAAUAUUUUUUUAUGAGUAUGAGUUAUAAUCACAUAGUUUGCCACAAGUAUGCUAUUUAGAAAGGUACUCUUUGUAGUGCAAUUUGAAACAACCGUUUUCAAUUAAAUUUUUUUUAUCAUCAAA